UGUCCCUGUCGUUCCGAUUGGUGUGGCGUCAGCGGCGCGUGUGGCAAUCUCCUCCUCUGGAGGGGCGUUCUGUCCGAUGGGAGGUGCCUUGGCGACACCCGCCAUCCCUGCCCCCGAUCUCGCAUCCCAGCUUCAAGCUCCAGCAAUGCCUGCUUCCAGAUCCAAGCGUCGAUCCUCUGCUCAACGCAGGAACCCAGUGCCUCUCCCGCCCAAGCACACCACGACCGAGAAGGAGGAUUGUCCUGUCAUCGUUAUUGACGACUCGGAUGCAGAGUCAGAUAUCACCUGCGACAUCGAUCCAUCCGAAGUCGUCCCGGGAAUGCCAGUGUCGCUCGCCAGUCUUGCAGUCAAUCACGAUCCUCCUGUGAUCUCGACCGGCUCCGGCUCUCUCCAGCACACCACGAGCCCCGAAUCCACCGCCGCCUCCGGUGCUCCUGACACCCCUGUCCCAGUCCAGCCCGAGUCAGUUGUCGUAUCGAGCCCUCCCGACACCAGCGCUGAAAAGAUCGUUCGCCGCUUCAACGGCCACCCUCUCCUCGAGCCGUAUCCCUUGGAUUUGCUCCCGAACCGCGGUCUCAUGGCCGAUGGGUCGUUGAAUCCAAUCAUCGAGUUGGAUCGCUCGGCCAGGAAGCGAAUUGAGACCAUUAUGGGGCACGUUACGACAAUCACUCUCCCAGACGGUCGCAUUCUCUCUGAUGCUCGUGAGGUGAUUGCUGUUUCGGAUGGCAAAGACUUUCGUGCAUAUAUGAAAGAGUCAACCGCCGAGCACGUCAAGUUUCGCAACAGCAUCAAGGCCAAGUGGUCUAGAACGUUGGCGCACAUACCAGCAGUUUACAUCAAAUUCGACGAUGUAUCUAGAGAGGUUGCAUUCAUCGAUCGUCGAGGGUAUAUGGAUAUCAUUCAUAGGGGUAUCGGGGAACCAUCUGCAGUCGAGAGAGAGAAGCAGUUACUGGUCAUGAUGGGUAUCUAUGGAAACGAUGUACAUGUACUCAGCGAGAUCCAGUGUGAGAUACAGCAAGAGAUGGCUAGACCCAACACAGAGAACAAGUACCUGAUCUUCAUCAAGGCAGCUGAGUUCAAAAAUGCUCGCAUGGAAUAAAGUUCAUAUCUCCCCA